GGACCCUUCCCCACUGUGCCAUUGUCCGAAUCCCAGCGAAAAAUAUCAGGAAAAGGGGUGACAAGAGCUUCCCAUUUGCAAACGAGCGCCCAAAUCAAAUCAAGCGAUGAAAUUGAGUGUGGAAUAUGGAAGUGCAGAGAUGAGGAACCAUAUCCCGGGCCAAGUCCAAAAAGAUUGGAGAGCGCAGAUCCACUACUGCACAGUCCACGGAUUAUAUGGCGACGCCAAUUGUGGCAAAUUACGUGGGGCAGGCAGAUCGAGGCAUCGAGACAUCGAGGCAUCGACCAGGGCCCACAGCAGAGUGGAUCAGUCGCCGAGCAGACGAGAUUCGCACAGCACCGUCGGGCGAAGCCAUCGGAGGAGUCACAGAGCACACACCGCACACCACACAUCGCACCACUCAUAGCACCACACGCACAAUGCAGGUCAAAUGCCUGAUCAUCUGCCUCGGCCUGGGCCUGCUCAUGCUGGGCACUGGUCCCGUGUGCGAGGCGCGGCGUGCCCGUGGUCGCGGACGCACCAAGUCGAGGGUCCAGAUCGGCCUGCCCAUCACGGGCAAGUACCGCGAUCCCGAGUCCGAUCAGUACUACAACAACAAUAACGGAGCCAAGAUCUUGCAGGCCUCACACUUUGAUCUGGAGUACGUGCUGGGCCACAAGAUCGCCUUCCUGUGCGUGGCCAAGGGCAACCCGCGGCCACACAUCACCUGGUACAAGGACGGGGCCGAGAUCUACCAGCACCUCUACAUGCACGUCCACGAGUGGACCAUCGGCGAUGACAGGGUAAAGUCCAAGAUCGAAAUCGACCCGGCCACACAGAUGGACGCAGGCCUCUACGAGUGCACCGCCGACAACAUGUACUCCAUCGAUCGGCGCAGCUUCAAAACAGAUUUCUCCAUUGCCUUCGACUGAUCGACUCCGACCACCGGCCGAAUCAGUUCGGGGCGUGGCUCCCUAGGCUUAAGCAAUAAAAUCGAUGCACAUAGCAUACAAGAUGUAAA